GCGGCGGGCCGGGCGGCCGGCACCCGGCGGCGGAGGCGGCCAGGCCGUCGAGGGGGCGCCCUUCGCCCAGACCCCGAUGCGGGCGGGCCGGACGGGCGGGGGGCGGGCUCUGCCGUUCCGCGGCCCCUCCCCGCGCAGCCCCGCGCCCGAGGCUGGAGCCGCGUCGGGGACCCGCAGGCUGUGAGCCUGGCGCUCGACUUGGCCUCAGACGUCUUCGUCAUGCAGGUGCUGCUGGAGGAUUCCGGGGAGGUGUUCCGAGUGACAGGCUGCCGCAGCGACAUGACGGUGCGGGAGCUCAAGGAGGAGCUGGACCUAAUAGCCGGCAUCCCCUUCAGCCUCCAGCGGCUCCAGUAUCUGGACCAAGGAAUUUUGAUGGAUGACGCUACGCUGAGGUGCCACGAUGUUGUUCCUGGUGGGAUUAUUUCAUUACGUAUCUGGCAUUAUGAUGGAUGGACGGAACUGGUUUUGGCGGCUGUGGAAGGGGAUUCCAGUAAGCUGUCUUGCCUCGGUGUUGCCGAAGAUGCUUUCCACCGAACAACAGAUUCGCAGCAUUUCGAUGACAAGCAGUGGAAGAAGUGGAUUUCUCAGAGAGCGUUCAUGGCGCUGUAUGUUGCCUCACACAGGGGUCGCUCGGAGGCUGUUCAGUACCUUCUAGAACACGGUGCCAACUGUCAGGGCAGAUCCCCCGUGGGCAGGACGCCCCUGCACGUGGCUGCAGCCAUGAGCCGGCUGGACUGUAUCAGCCUCCAGCUCAACUAUGAGGCCUCCAUCAAUGACAGAGAUACCAAGGGGGAGACGCCCAUGUCCCUCGUCUGCCGCCUGAACCACAGCCAGAGCAGGCGGUGGAUGUUCCUCUUCUACUGGAUGGUGAAGCUGGGGACAAAGGACCCGAUGGACCCUGUCGUGAACAAGGCUUUUCAGAGAGUCAAGGCCGGGUUUGGAUCCAAGGAGGAGAACAAAACGUAGCUCCACCUGGGAACGUUUGCAUGUCAGCUCUGACGUGGGGUAACGUUCCUGAGUUCAGAUCCACGGUGGCCAGUGGCUCUGGGUUAGCAGGAAGGCCGGGAAACGUGGCAGUUCCUCUGAAUCAGAUACGAAACCAUCUGUCCUAUUUGCAAAUGACUUGAGGAGGGUAUUGAUGGAAGUGGGUGAGUUUGUGUUCAUUUCCUAAAUCCAUCACAGACCUAAUGGGCUCCCAUGCCAGCCUUUAAUUUUGAGCUAUUUGUUCAUUGUAUCCAGUAACGCUGCUUGGGGUGAUGGGAACCAGUUACCUUCUCUCCGGUCUGGACACCAUCUAACACAUUGGCAUAAUAGGGGUAAUAGCCGUGAUGAGAGUAGCUCUGUUGUUACGGUACAAAACCAGCGCAGGCAAACGUCACCAGGUCGUGGGCAGUGUGACCUGUGAAUUUCAGUUUGUAAAAUUCAUGGCACUAGAUGCUCCCUAAGCCAGCAAUGUUCCGGAAGUUUUCCUGAACCUUCCUGGAGGGGUCUGCUGCCUGAGUCUGAGGUGGGGCUCGGGGAAGAAGCCAGGCUGACCUGGGGGGCAUCUAAGAGCUUGGUUCUCCACAGGGGCGCCUGGUUACUCUUGGUGAAAGGUGAUAAGCUGGCCCUGGAUUUGGAGGAGACGGUGUGAAAGGUGGUGAGCUCGUAAGGGAGAGGAUUCGAGCUGGGAGCUGCUUUUUUCCUUUUGUCCCAUCCCCAGAGGUCCAAGCACCCCCCUCCCGCUAGCUUUCUCCUUUCCUGCUAGAACUGGGGUAGCUCCAGCAUCCCUACUGUGGGGCAGUGCCUAUGCUGAACUCUGGGCUCGACACCCACAAAAGCUGCCCUGUGGGUGUGGGAGCCGAGAGGGAGGGCUGAAGGCUGGGGCGGACUGACACGCACACCCUUGUCUGAGGGGGGCACCGUGACUCAGCUGCAGCAGAAAGGCGAGCCAAAGGCAGCUAGAUCUUUGCAGAGCUUCCCAGAGCUGGAAACCUGGCUUGUUGAUCUAAGCCCUGAUUUUUCUUUCUUUCUUUCUUUUUUUUUUUUUUUGUGGUAGGCGGGCCUCUCACUGCUGUGGCCUCCGGACAGGCUCCGGACGUGCAGGCUCAGCGGCCAUGGCUCACGGGCCCAGCUGCUCCGCGGCAUGUGGGAUCUUCCCGGACCGGGGCACGAACCCGUGUCCCCUGCAUCGGCAGGCGGACUCUCAACCACUGUGCCACCACGGAAGCCCUAAGUCCUGAUUUUUAAGCGUUGGCUUGAAUUAUGUUAAGGUCGGCGUACGGAACAAAAGAAGUAGGAGAUUUGAGGCCAUGGCUGGGACUGCCGACCAUCAUCAAACUAACUCAUUUCACUGGGGAAACGGGUAGAAGCAACCUAAGACUCACUGGAACUUUCCCCAGCUCUGAAGCCACAGGGCGGGAAUGGCCAUGAGUGUUGCCGGGUGGGAAGUGUUGUCCACCCUUCCACCCGUGGCCACACAUGUUUCUCUGAAGCCCUAUAUCCUGACACAGCUUACGGAGUCAGUCUGUGUGGCAACAGUCUCUCGACCGUCGAAGUUCUGUUUUUUAAGGUGCUGGAAAAUGGCCCUGUAUCCCAGCCGCCCUUCUUUCUGACUUAUAUCCCAAGAACUGGAUUCCACUUUUACAUUAAUUGGCCGCAUUUCCCACUGUCGUGGCAAGUAAGAGCCAUGCUGGUGACGUGGCUUUACACUCAGUGGACGUGGCUGGACCCAGCUCAGCGAUCUGUUUGACAAAUAAUCAGGAAAAAAACACACAGCUCAGCAUCAACGAUAUCAAAACUGAGAUCUUGUUUGUGGCAGACGUUCUCCAAAGUCAAUAGGCAGAUAUUAAAUAACCUUAUCCAGCAGGGUCAGUUCAUUUAGCUAAUGAGGUGUGUUGGCAGGGGGACCUGGGCACCCUUUUAACUUAACAAGUGGUGUGACUCAGAGUCAUGUGUUUUCCAGGAGCUUUGCUCUGCUGUCUGUAUUGUUAGCAGAUCCAGCUGCCUGACAUUUGUCCCCCAAACUUUGGAGGGAAGCCCUCUGUCUUUGUCACCCCUAAUUCAGCUAAACACUUGGCCGGCAAUUGGGUGAGUUCCAAACUCUCCGUGGUGACAUUUUGCUCGGUCUGUGGCAGGGUCAUUGAAACAGUCCUGUAGGUCCUGGGGGCUCUUCCUUUUAGACGAUCUUAACAUUCUAGCUGUUAUAUUCAAACAAGCCUGUAUCACCUAUUCAAUAAAAUAUGUCCAUAGCCUCAGAA